AGCUGGACGGAGCCGCAAAACAUCGACAUAUAUAUAUAUAGGCUAUAAGUAAAUCUUCCUCACGGUCAAGGUAUUGAGCCAAAGAGUCUUUGCUUGGAAUGGGUGCUUAUAUUUUCGAGCCUUUAAAAGGCAAACAGUAGCUUUAAAUUUGGAUUACCGUCGUCCCCGGACAGCAAAAUCAACCCUUUAGAAACAUUUUGCGCGUGUGGUGAUCCUGCGCUUGCCGGAAGGAGAGUUUUAUUUGUCCUACGUUGGAUUUGCAGUGGGAGAGAUGAGUGACAGGAGGCGAUCGGCCGCCGCGCUGAGUUCACGAGCUCACGCCUUUUCGGUAGAAGCGCUGAUCGGGACGAACAAGAAGCGGAAGCUCCGGGGUUGGGAAGAAAAGGAACUGGAGCUGUCUAUGGAGAGCCUCGCGAGCAACGAACAAUUGGGAGACAGCGAGGACCCUGCCAAUUGUCUGGAUAUCGAUCCGGAUUCGGAGGCCAGCCCUGGUUCUGACGGCGAGGGUCUGGCAGAGAGGACGUCCUGCUCGUUCGGCUCCCCGCCGGACCUGACCCCUGCCUGCGAUCCUUCACCCUCAGUCUCUAUGGAGGAGAUCCAGGUGGAGCUGCAGUGCGCUGAUCUGUGGAAACGCUUCCAUGACAUUGGCACAGAAAUGAUCAUCACAAAGGCAGGAAGGAGAAUGUUUCCUGCUAUGAGAGUUAAAAUCAUAGGACUGGACCCGCAUCAGCAGUAUUACAUUGCCAUGGACAUUGUACCUGUGGACAACAAAAGAUACAGAUAUGUGUAUCACAGCUCAAAGUGGAUGGUUGCUGGUAAUGCGGAUUCCCCAGUGCCUCCCAGGGUCUAUAUCCAUCCGGAUUCGCUGGCUUCAGGAGACACCUGGAUGAGACAGGUGGUCAGCUUUGACAAACUCAAACUCACAAACAAUGAGCUGGAUGAUCAAGGCCAUAUCAUUCUGCACUCCAUGCACAAAUAUCAACCCCGUGUCCAUGUGAUCCGAAAGGACUUCAGCAGUGAGCUUUCUCCAACCAAACCUGUUCCCACCGGGGAGGGUGUGAAGACUUUCAGCUUUCCAGAGACCGUCUUUACCACAGUUACCGCCUACCAGAACCAACAGAUCACCCGUCUAAAGAUCGACCGCAACCCAUUUGCCAAAGGUUUCCGGGACUCUGGAAGAAACAGGACCGGAUUGGAGGCUAUCAUGGAGACGUAUGCGUUUUGGAGGCCCCCUGUGAGGACAUUGACGUUUGAGGACUUCACCAACAUGCAGAAGCAGCAAGGCGGGAGUACUGGCACCUCUCCCACUACCUCCAGCACGGGCACUCCGUCUCCUUCUGGUGCGACACACCUUCUCUCCCCCUCUUGCUCUCCUCCUACUUUCCAUCUGGCCCCCAACACCUUCAAUGUGGGCUGCAGGGAGAGCCAGUUGUGUAACUUAGGCUUGUCUGAGUACCCAGCUUGCGCCAGAAGCAACAUGGCCGCCCUGCAGGGCUACGGAGGGCUGGCCGACGGUUCCUACGGGCGCCUCCAGACAGCAGGAGGCCCUGUAGCCUCGGGCCAGGCCUCAGAUUCCUUCUUGCCCCAGAGGACUUCUUCUCUUAUCGCUGCAGGGAUGCAGGGUGGGGCGCACGCCUCGCUGGCCGCUGGAAACAGCAGUGGAGGCAGCGGCGGGGGUAAGAUGGAUGCAUAUGGAAGUCAGCUGGCCUCUUUUCCAGCGUCGCAACUGCAGUACGUAAUGCAAGCAGGGGCAAACUCCGCCUCCGGGUCGUCGGCUCCGUCAGGCACCUCCCCUUCCUCCGCCCACAUGUUCACUGGGAGCCAUCAUCACGUGCAGCAGAGCACAUACAACGCUUUUUCCCUUCACAAUCCUUACAACCUGUACGGAUACAACUUCCCAGCCUCGCCGCGCCUGGCAUCCAGCCCAGAGAAGCCUCAGGGUGGGUUGCUGUGCUCCUCCUCAACGGCCGGAGCAUUCGCUGAACGCCAGUACCUGUCCAACAGCAGCAUGGACAGUAUGCACAUGAUCGGCAACCACACCGGCAGCCAACAGGGGGCCAGCAGCUGUGACGGACGCCAGUAUGGCUCCUCCACUCAGAUGUCCAUGCACAUGGUUUGAAACAGUCGAAAAACAAAACAAACCAAAAACAGAUUAAAACACAGACAUCUGCUGCAGGUCUUUUUCUAAGCUUUUCAUUAUUCGAAAUGAAAUACGAAAUGCGCUGCUGGUGACGCCAGCUAUUUUAAUGUGGUGUUGGUAUAUGAAAGACUUAUCAUCUCAUUACACAAAUACCUUACUGACAAAGAAACUGAGUGAAAGUUUCUUACAUACUGGUAAAUGCAAUACAAUGGAUAUACAAGCUACAAUGACCUUGCAAACUUGACUGUCUCUCUUGCCGACUGGCUAACCUCAACAACGUGCAAAACUGAAUGAAAUUUAGAGGAUGUUCUUGAUGGAUUCUAUUGAGAAUUCCUAUCUGGUGCAAUAAUGAGCACAAUAACACAGCCUCAUACAGGACUCUGAAUGAGAGACAUCCACAAAACUGUGAGCUAAUACAUCCAGUCUGGAUUCAUUUUUUGUUGUUGAUAAGUGGUAAAAUGUGAUGUAAGAGGUCAUGAUAUGAUGUUGGGAAACUGAACAAGAUGGGUCUACAGAUAUACUGUAAGUAAAAUGGACAUGGCUUGACUGUAUCCUGAGAGGAUUACCUUCAUAAACAUAUAAGCAAUAGUAAAUGCACGCAGAGGUUUGAAAUUGUUGUGUGGAUGAAACCAAUAGAAAGACAAAGUAACUAAGGUAUAUGCUUUUGAGUGUUGUAGAUGAAUAUAUUUAAAUGCUAAGCAACGAUACAAUUAUAUGGCCAGUUUAUGGUGAAAUUAAAACAGUGUGGGGGAAAAAUGAACAAAUACUGUUUCAGGCUUUGAAGACUGUAAAUACCAGUGCCAAGCACAUGAAGUUCAUUGAAUAAACAUAAUAAGUCGUCUGUAUGCUUGUUGAAAAAUCUUGUUUUGUUGUUUGAUGGGUCUUAAAUCAUAAAAUCACAGAUAUGGAUGACAACAAGAUACAGUUUAAGAAUAUAUAAAUUUAGUAAUAAAUUAAAAUUUUG